AUGGGAUGGAUAUCCUUUUUUACGGCACCGGUUACUUUUAGCACGAUAUACACGCUCUUACCGACGAAUGAAACAUACUCGAUCGGGUUUCUAUGUCGCGUGGAUCAUAUUCUUGAUGUGAACAAGUAUUUUAAUCUGUUGAUGUGCUUUAUGGUUAUUAGCGUGUUCUAUACAAUUUCCGUGCCAGUAGCUGUCGAUUCCGCGUUCACACUUUGCAUUUAUUAUGUCUGUGCAUUGUUUGAAUAUACACGAUAUAAUAGAGGCACGGAUAUCGUUUUGCUCAAGCCGAAUAUCGAAGAGAAGGAUGAAGCAUAUCAUGACAUAAUUUAUUGCAUUAAAUCCUAUAAACAUGCUUUAAAGUUAAGACCAGGAUAAUUUUUUAUAAAUAUAUCU